AGUAGGUACGAUGGCGGAGAUAAAGACAUGCUCCGUGUUACCGAUGUCUCCGCAGACUCGUCGGGAAACGUCUCUUUUGACCGAUUGUGACAUUACUAAAAUAUUGGAACGCAAAUUCGGUAGUACUAACUUCCGGCUUGUCGAUUGGCGGUUGGAGCCCUUUAACAAAACGGAAGGUUUCCUCGGCCAAUAUUAUCAUCUUUGUAUCACGGCGCAACUCGAUGGCGAGACGCAAAGUUUGCAGUUCUUCGCCAAAACUCCACCGCCGCCUCAUAGCCCGCAGUUCGAAUUCCUGCAACGGUUUGACACGUUCAACAAAGAGAUCACCUUUUACACGGAUCUAGUGCGACGGAUGGGUGCGAGUGGAUCUCCAAAGUGGAUAGUAGAGUGUUACUUUUGGAAACGGAACGUCAUCAUCGUUCUAGAGGAUGCGACGAUCGAUGGUUAUGCUACGCUGAACAAACACGUACCGUACGACAAAGAACAUUGCGUUUGGGUACUGAGAACUCUUUCGAGGCUCCACUCGAGGUCUCUGCUACUGGACGAGAGACUUCGUCGGGAGAGCGGUCAGACCAUCGUCGAUCUUUACGGACAACUGCUGAACGACGUGCUCUUUGUCGAGGGGGACGAUAAAUCGGAAAAGGCCGCUAUGUCCGGUCUCACGGGUAUCUGUGCUAUGAUCGAUCUCAUUGAAGAAUUCGAUGAUAAAGAGAAGAUCGCUGUUAAGCGCAAAAUUACUGAAUGGGUUAAAAAAAUUCCACGGUUAUUGGCACCAUCGAAGGAACAUAGAAAUGUCAUUUGUCAUCGCGACGUUUGGGCGACCAAUAUAAUGUUCCGACACGACCUGGCCGGUAAUAUAAACGGUUGUUGUCUAAUAGAUUGGCAAUUUUUUUGUUACUCUCCUCCGGCUAUCGACUUUGCGUGCUGUCUGUAUCUAACCACUGAUCGAAGUACCAGAGAUCGUCAUUUCGAUUUCUUCGCUAGGACUUAUUACGAUUCAUUGGUUCAGAGUUUAGCGGAAGGAGGUCUCGAUGUGGAGAAUUAUCUCUCCUGGACGGCAUUUGAGAAAAGUUACACAGAGGCACGAAACGCAGCACUUAUUCUUGCUUCACUCAAUUUGCAAGUAAUGUUAAUAGACAAUGAAUCAAUCGCGAUUUAUUUCUGCAAUUCGACUUUCGAAAAACUUGAAGAAAUGUUGUACGGGGAUAAACGAGCGGACCUCGUACACCAUCAGUGCGAGAAGAAGCCGACGUAUAAGAUGCGCUGCUUGGAGAUUAUACAUGAAAUCAAAGAACGUCUGCCGGAACAUCCACCGAAUCUGUAAUUUUCGUAUCUGUUUUAAGAUAAGGUCUAAUUAUAGAAGUGUGUAUUGGUGUCUUCUUCACAAUAAAAUUCAUUAUAUGAUUAAAGAUUGAAAUCCUGCC